AUGAGACAGUUCCUUUGGAAGGGUCAAGUUGAUGGUAGAGGUCUUUCUCUUGUUAAUUGGAGGACCGUUAUCACUCCAAAGAAAUUUGGUGGCCUGGGUGUUAGAGACCCUGCGUGUGUUAAUAUAUCUUUACUUGGUAAAUUGAGUAUCUCAAAGGCUUUUGGUGCUCUUAAGGAUGCCUUCUCUUGGUGCAUUGGGUCACUUGAUCAAUCUUUUUUGUUUGACAAUUGGAGUAUUGAGGGCUCAAUUGCUCAAGAUGUCCCUUUUGUACAUAUAUCUGACUCUGAUUUAACUAUUAGAGACGUUUGGAAAGAUGGUCAAUGGAAUCUCCAUGAUAUUUUCUCUAUCAUUCCAGAAGAUGUCAAACAGCGUUUGAAUGCUUAUAAUCCGGAUUUGAAUGCUGGAGAGAGUUCGGGUUGGUCGUGGGGUGUGGCAUCUUCUAGACUCUACUCAGCUAGGAGUGGGUACAGUUGGCUAGCCAAAAGAAAGUUUGACUGGAAUGAGCAUGAUAAUUGGUUGUGGGUAUGUCGUCUGCAUAUUUCUGAGAAGUAUAAGUUCUUGAUUUGGCUCAGUCUUCAUAAUGUUAUUCCUACGGCAGAGUUUCGUUUGGGUCAUGCUUUAGCUUUAUCUAGCACCUGUCAUCGGUGUCAGAAUGGUUCUGAAUCCAUUCUUCAUUGUCUUCGGGAGUGCCCUAGUGCCAAGGAGGUCUGGACCCUUUUAGGCUUGUAUUCAGAUAACUCGAAUUUACAUGAUUGGCUCUACAGAGGUGCAAGGAGUGGAGAUGCUUUUCUUUUCUUUUCGACUAUCUGGUGGAUUUGGAGAAGCAGAAAUCAUGACUUAUUUAAUAUAGAUGAUUCAUGGAGUGCUAGUAAAGUGGUGAGUUUGAUUCGUAGUUCAGUAAGGGAGUUUCACACUAUUUUUGCUAUGCAUCAAUCUCUGUCUCCUCUUUCACUUUGUUUGCAUUGGGUUCCACCUCCAGUUCAUUCUAUUAAAUUGAAUUGUGAUGCUAGUUGGUUUGCUAUUUUUGGCUAUGCUGGUUUUGGUUGUAUCAUUCGCAAUCCUAAUGGAUGUUGGUUGAAAGGUUGCACUGGAAAAGUCGAAGUGUGUAGUGUUCUUUUUGCUGAAUUGUAUGCAAUUUGGAGAGGUUUACUUCUUGCUUGGGAGAGUGGAUUUCGUGAGGUUAUUUGUGAAACAGACUGUUUAGAAGCUCUUUUCUUGGUAAACCAAAGAAUGCUUAGUAAGGAUAUUCCGGAAUGGGAUUUGGCAAAGCAUAUUCAGGAGGUUAUGAAUUGGAAUUGGAGAGUCUCUAUUCUUUUAAUUCAGAGGACUGCAAAUAGUGUUGCAGAUUGUAUGGCUAAAGCAGCUGCUUCUGUCGCGGACAUUCACUCGAAUUGGAGCCAACCAUGGAGUGAGCUUCAAUAUCUAAUAGAUUUAGAUAUGACCCUAGCCAAUUAA